CCGCCAUGUCAUCUCGUCCCAGGCAAUUACGUACAUAGAUGAGAUGAUGUAUACAAAAGGUACGCUGUUGGUUUGAAGGAUUUCAACAGCGAAAUUCGGGGCGCCGGCUCUGCCUUGCGAAACGUCGGAGCGUGUAGCUUGAUUCGCUCUCGCAUCAGAUGAAAUGGCCCACGACGUUUGACUCCACCAUGGAUAGUGCCGUGUCGCAGAUUGAACUCGACCGCCAAUCAUCCCCAUUUUUAUGCAACCCCUGCUCCGGUCGUGCGUCGUCUUCCGAUCCUAGUCUCAUCCUCCAUCCCUCCACUAACUACCCCAUCAUCCUCAGCAAUUUCUCGCCCUGCGUGGCUUGAGCCGGUUCCACUAGGCAUCAAGGUCGCGCGACAUGCUGUUUCCCUUGCUCGUAGAAUCGUUGAUGAAACUAAUUGGCUGCUCAUUACCGUACUCUAUUGUAGACAAUCCACCCAUCCCGCCUCUCCACCUUUCCCUUCCCUUCUCCUCUCGCACCAUCUCUCUUUUCCUUCCCUUCACCGUCUGUCUCUUGCGCAACCGUACAUUGAACAUCCCCUCUUGGCUCUCGGGAGAGCCGUCCAUUCCUUUUCCAAUCAACCACUGUCUGACUGACUGUCUGUCCAUUAUCUUCUUUUCCUUGUCGUUAACACGCCAAAUCCGUCGCUGCUCCCACCCCACAUCCUUCUUCAGCUUCUGAAACCGACAUUAUGCCUGGCCUGCUGGGAAGAUCGAAGUCUUUGCGCCUGCUUCGAAAGGGCGGCCAUGAUGGUCCCCACUCACGAGAAACAGACAGGAUAACGCCACAGUUCUCCCGCUCCCAGGUCGAUGUGCGCAGAUUAAAGGAAGCUUCAUUCCCUACCUCUGGCGGAACCGUUGAAACUCCCGACAUGAUGCAGCAGCGACCACAGACGUCGGGUGGACCUGGCGACCGUACAGCACCACCGUUCCACAAGAAAGUGAGACCUCUUCAGCCGCAGCCAGAUAAUAGCUUCGAUUUCGCGCCGCCGCUGUCCCCCGCAAAGCCAAACGCCCUCCUCUACACUGCAGAGGUCUACGAGAGUACCGAAGGCAUCAUCGGCAUCGCACUAGGGAGCCCUACCAUGGCUUCGCACUGGAACGUCUCUUCUCCUGCUCCUGAUUUUGUCACCGACACUCGAGGCCCUGUCACUCAUAUAUCGUCGGAUCACCAACCUACAAGCCAGCCCUCGGAAGCUGGCACCGCCCAACCGCAGCCAGAUACAAUGGCCAGGCCCAAGUUGAGUCGGUGGAAGUCGCUGUUCAAGAAGACGGCACCGCCUCCUCGUUUGCAAGAGAAGGAAGCCUUUUAUAAGCUGGCAAGCUCCAUGCCGCCUGCGCGCGCAGACAGCCCUCAGGACGAGGAACCACCAAAGGAAGAGCCAAACGUGCAGUCGCCGGCGUCCUACUCGUACAACCCUUCUAUCCGAGAAUCUCGAAAGCUUCCCAAAGGACAGCCGCAACCCGUGGCCGACACCCGGCCGAGAGCCUUGACACUGACCACUGGCCCACCGAAACCAAAGACAUCACUUCUACGCUCCGCCUCCAACGCCAUAUCGCCCAGAUUUCCCAAAAAGUCGCCGCUUCCCCAGGUCACGGUUUCCAACGACCCAAGUCCUGCGCCGGUAUCAGGCAAACCCGCCGAAAGACCAGUUCUCGACGUUGCCAUUCCCGAAGUGCGCAUGGAGCGAUACAGCGUCAUGUUCAGCAGCCUCUUGCAGCAAAACCAAGAUUCCGACUCUUCAUCCAAUCCUACAUUCACUCUUUCUUCUCCUGUGCAAAAACCCCAGGAGUCCUCCCUAUUGCAGCGUCGGCAAGCAGAGCAGCUGAAACCGCUGGAUCGACUAUCUAUAAAGAGUUCCUCCCAAAAUAGCGGCCUGAAACCCCAAAGGCGAGCUACGUCGCCUGGCCACCACGCCAAGUCCCCGUCCGCGUCCCUGUCGCUGUUCCCCUCACCAAACACAUCACGUGCGCCGUCACCACGCAGCCUUCACACGUCGGUCCAUCGCCCGCGGCCAUUGCAACGGUCUCGCACAAACCCAGCCAGCACUGCGUCCCCGCAAGACCUCACGUUCCCAUCGUCGCAAAAUGAGGAAACGAGAAUCGGCCUCGCAAUCACCCCGGGAACUCCAUCGCAGGAACUCACCCCCAUGACCAGCACAUCCGUGAUGACCACCACACCAUCCAGUCGCAACAGCUUCGAAUCCGACCGCGGUGCCGACGAGGAAAUCAUCACAGUCCGUCGCCCCGCCGCAAAACGACCAAUCACAUACAAUCCCAUCGACGACAAGGAACCGGAAUGGGACAUCAUCGUGCCCCAACAACGCGCCGCCCCAGAGUCCCAGUUUCAGUCUCAGAAGAUCUCGAAAGCCGAUGCGCUACGCUCACAUCCUUCGGUCCGGCGCCCAGGCGAUGCCUCCUCGCCAUCCUCAUCAACAUCUCCUUCUUCCGCGCCUGCGCCUGCGCCCGUCCGCGAAGAAGAUCCCCAACACCACCACCACCCACCCUCCUCCGCGCCCCUGGAAAAAAGCAUCAUAGCAACCGCAUCCCCCAUAACCCUAAUCAGAAGCCCCAGCUCCGCCCGCACCCAGACAAUCACGCGCUCCGCAUCCACCGCGAAAUCGAGUUCUUCGUCGUCGAGAAGCGCGGGCGCGACGGUCGGUGUGGCGCGCUCGAUUUCCGUCUCGCGCGCUCGCAGUCCAAUGUUGGCGACGCCCGGGAGUGCAGGCAGCAAAGCCGUGUCGGUCGCCUCGCCGAAUGCGAUUGGCGGUGUUGAUGCGGCGAGACUUGGGGAUGGGAGGGCUCUUACGCCUACGCUUGUUGAGCUGAAGAAUCGGCGGAGUCAGAGGGUUAUGGUUGUUGAUGCUUGAAGUCGAGUCUCCCUCCCUUCCUUUCUUUCUUUCUUCGUUCGAAUCAAGUGCAAAUUCCGAAGUCGUGGAUAACACAUGAGAAAAAGUCGGUGAUGAGAUGGAUAACUCUUUUUUUUUUCCUCUUCUUAAAUCUUUAGAAGCCCAGGCGGUUUUGUUCGUUUCUUUAUUCUUCUUAUCGUCAUGCUCUUUCCUUUUUUUUUAUUCAUCGAAACGGAUUGCUUAGAUAGAUCCUUCACUCCUAUACGCACGAAGAGGAGACAUGUCCCACCCCCUCCCUCUCUAUUGCGUCAUCCCCUUCACCCACCCUCCCAUCUCAUUUCUCUUUUGUCUUUAUUCCGUCUCGUUAUUAGCAUGCAUAGUCUAGGUUAUCAGCGAUUGGACACCCGGGGCCCCCCGUCCCCUCUUUUUUUUUUUUAUUCAUCCCGGGCCAUCUAUCCAGAAAUCCAAAACCCCCGUCAUCUACAAAUACCUACCUACCCAAGCCAUGUCCUCUCUCCAUCAGCGCCGCUCUUCCGUGAAGACCUAGCAAAAC